AUGCUGUUGUUGGGUUUUUUUUGUUUGUUUGUUUGUUUGUUUUUGUUAUCUGAACCGGAAAAUCUUUGCUAUGAUUCAUUUUCAGGAACAGAAUGUGAAGACCUCAUAGAAGAGCUGCUGUGCUGCCUCAUCCAGCUCAUUGUUGAAAUUCCUCUCUUAGAUAUCACCUAUAGCAUUUCCUUGGAGGCUGUGACAACGCUCAUUGUCUUCCUUUCCUGCCAGCUCUUCCACAAGGAAAUUCUGCGGGAGAGCCUCAUUCACAAAUACCUGAUGCGUGGGCGUUGUCUCCCAUAUACCAGCAGGCUCGUGAAAACUUUGCUCUACAACUUCAUUAGACAAGAAAGAAGCCCUCCUCCAGGGACACAUGUCUUUCAGCAGCAAACGGAUGGAGGAGGACUGCUGUAUGGGAUUGCAUCUGGGGUGGCAAUUUGAAGUCACUUCCCAGUAUCC